AUGAAAAUGAUCGUAGAGCCAAGAAGGGCCUCCUUCCCAAAAUCUGUGUUUGCUGCUGGGACGGCGAAGCGGACCACAGACAUGCUCAGGAAAAAACAGACCUGCUUUCCCAGGAUAAGGAAGAACAGGAGGAGAGGGAGGCUGAACGGAGGGAGAGGAACAGGAAGGAUGCAGCCUCCUGACCGGCCGCUCACCACCACUGAGUGGAGGAAGCUGAAAGAGUCGUGGGAAACCCCACAACGUUUUGACAUCCAGAUGAUGGGUGCACUGUUCACUUCCAGGGCAGAGCUGGACAUAGCCAAGUCUCUGCUCACAUUUGUCGCCAUGGAAACUGGCACGCUGUCUUACGAGCUGCUUCUCCGGUAUCUGACGCUGUGUGUGAGCGCGGGCCACGACGCCGAGGUGUUUGAGGUCUAUGAUAUCAUGCGGGGCAGCUUCCCGGCUCUGGACACAGGAGCCUCCAGUCUGUUCAUCAAGCCUUCAGCAGGACCGGUCUUCCACGCCGUCACCACGCACUACGGGGACAUCAUAGAAGCAGCAGUACGCCACGGCGACAGAGCCACUGCCUGGAGUCUUUAUGACGAGUUACUGGAGAAGGGUUGA